AUGGAAGACCAACAAACAUACCUUGGGGUAACUUUUGACAAAAGAAUGACCUGGAAGCAACAUAUAACAUCAGCUGAAGCUAAGGCUAGGAGAAAAUUGAACAUCAUGAGGAAACUUGCAGGAACAAAAUGGGGUGCAAAUGAACAAAUAUUGAAAUCUGUCUACCAAGGAAAUGUACGACCACACCUUGAAUACGGAUCUAACGCUUGGAUGACUGCAGCCAAGUCUCACCAUCAGACUUUAGACAAAGUUCAGAAUCAGGCACUACGUAUCAUCACAGGUGCUAUGAAAUCAACACCAAUAAAAAGUAUGGAGGAUAUAACAAACAUACCCCCAUUAGGAAAGAGAAGGGAGUGCAAAGCCAUGAUACAGGCCACCAAAUAUCAGUGUUCACAAGACCACCCAAUGAAUUCCAGACUAAAACAACUCUCAUCAGGCAGACUUAAAAGAUCCAGCUUUACAUUAGAGACAAGAGCAUUGCAAAGAAAACACCAGGAAGCCCUACCAAAAUAUAAAGAACACAUAGUUUUCACAAAGAAUAACACCCCUUGUGAAGAAAAAUUUGGAAAUGUCACCAUCCUGACCUCAGUUCCGCUCAUUACCACCAGAGAUGAACAGACUAGUAAUGUAAAGAAAAUACUUACGAUGAGUAUGCUUGAAGAACAGUAUCCUUCAGAAACUUGGGUAAGAGUAUAUACAGAUGGGUCAGCCACAAAUGCCACAACAAAUGGAGGGGCUGGUAUAUACAUUAAGUACCCCAAUGGAGAUCAACAAUCAGAGGCAAUACCAACAGGCCUACAUUCUUCAAACUACAAAGCUGAAGAAGAAGCCAUUACUCAUGAUGCACAUUCCAUCAAAAACAAAAUCGAUGAUACAUCUCAAGUAGUAUUCCUGACUGAUGCCCUCUCUGUUCUACAAGCUUUGAAAAACGACAAGCUGCCUCAACUUCAACAAGCUUUAUACAACAUCAAAAGUCUGACAACAGUAAUUCAGUGGAUCCCUUCACACUGUGGAGUUUGGGGUAAUGAACAAGCCGACAGAUUAGCAAAAAAAUGGUGCUGA